AUGCUUCCACGUGUCCGUGUGGCGCUGUUGCUCUUGAGUGCUCUGGCCGCCUGCGUGCUGGCCGAUUAUGGCCCGAGGGAUGCGGUGACGAUCCUUACGGACAAGAACUUUGAGAAGGAAGUGCUGCAGAGCCCCGACUACUGGCUCGUCGAGUUUUACGCUCCAUGGUGCGGACACUGCAAGCAGUUGGAGCCGCAAUACAAGGCUGCGGCUAAGAAGCUCAAAAAACAUGCGCGUUUGGGAGUUGUGGACGCCACCGUGCACCAGCAGUUGGCGCACAAGUACCAGAUCAAGGGCUACCCGACGAUCAAGGAGUUCGGUGCCAAGAAGAAACGUCCGCAGGAUUAUCGUGGUGGACGCACCACUAGAGAGAUUGUGCAGUAUGUGAAGAACUCACCUGAAGCCAAGAAGCUCGGCAUUAGUGGUGCUAACGUUGCCACACUGGAGUUCGCCAAGGUGCACGCGUUCUUGACCAAGGACCUGCCGUCGGCCAUUUUCUUCGGUACUCCGAAGAAGGGUAAGAAGAGCUCCAAGGUGCCGGCGUGGCUGGGAAAUGUGGCAGAGUCGUUUAUGGAAGGUAAGAAGAAGAAGAAGACCCCCACAGUGCAACUGGCGUUCGUACCGGGAUCGGAUGACAAGAUUGCCAGCCACUUCGGACUCACUGAGGACCAACUUCCGACCAUUAUCUACGUCUACCCGUCCAGCCAGAAGUACGUCGUGUCGGACGUGAGCAAGCUGAAUGAAGCUACAGCCAAGAAAUUUAUUGGUGAUGCAUUGACGAACACGGAGGUGGCGGAGAAGGACGAGUCACUGCCUAGUGUCCCACUGUUCCCUUCUCCUGAAUUGGCCAAGAAGAAACCUGUGCUCGCUCUGAGGGAGCUGGACGCAACGACAGCUCGUGAGUGCGCUGCUAAACGUGGGAAGAUGUGCGUCGUGGUGGCCAAGGAGGACACGGAGCUGGUGCGCGCUCUGGCCAAGAAAUACCGUCGCGAUCCGUUCACUUUUCUGUCGAGCAAACCUGACGCUCAAGCUUUCCAGGCUCUGACCGACUUUGUGGGCGAGAAAGCUUCGGAGGUGAUUGUCGUGAAGCCUGGCCGCAAGGUCAAGUACUCGGCUCUCAGUGGCACAAACGACGAAAACGCCAUCUCGGAGCUCCUUGAUAAGCUCAUUGAUGGCUCCAGUCCAUUCUCGGUGCCAAGCGGACAUCUAGAGGCUUUCGAAGCUGCACUAGCCGGGUCAUCGGAGGCUACCAAGCACGAAGAACUGUAG